AUGGCGAGCCCUUCAAGCUUCCCCCAGAGUCCCCCAUAUACUCCAGAUACUGCUAGCGUUGGUGGUGUGCCCAACAAGACUCUCGAUGUACCCGUGACGGCAGCCUUCCUCUCCAUAUACGUGUGCCUUGCGGCCACGAACAUGAUAAUUUUUCGACUCAAUCGACGAAGAAACCACAAGUUCAUCAUGUCUGGGCUGCUCGCUGGGUUCUGUAACGUACGGACGAUCACCUGCUCUCUACGCAUCGCCUGGGCAUUCAACCUCGACAACGUCAACCUUGUGAUCGCAGCAGAAAUCCUAUUCGACGCUGGAAUUCUCCUCAUCUAUUUUAUCAACGUGGUCUUCGCACAACGUAUCCUCAGGGCCAAGCAUCCAGACAUCGGCUGGAAUCAUCGGCUGAGCGUCGCACUCAAGAGCGUUUACGCUGUGAUCGGAUUCGUGCUGGUCAUGACCAUUUCGACAAUCAUUCUGGGUUUCUAUACGCUCGAUCAGCACACUCUCAACGUCUGUCGGGAUAUCUACCUGUUCGCGACCAGCUAUCUCUUGUUCUUUGCGACGUUACCCGUGGUAUUCUUGCUAUCCGCCUAUUUGCCCAACCGCUCUCCGAACGCCGAGCAGUUUGGCCGCGGAACUACUGAACGCAAAGCGCUUGUGCUACUUGGCACCAGCUCCCUUGGUAUCCUCAUUGCCGGCUUUCGAGCUGGCACCACAUACAUGACACCCAGAUCGAUCAAGAGCCCGGCGUGGUACGACUCGAAAGCCUCCUUCUACUGCUUCGGCUUCGUACCGGAGAUCCUAAUCCUGACGCUUUUCGUCAUCACGCGCGUAGAUCUGCUUUUCAAAGUCCCCGAUAACAGCAGCAAGAUUCGGUCUUUCGGUCAACCCGGAACUCUAGACAGUCAUGACGAUCCGACUAAGUCCGUUCAGGCCGGAGAAUCGAUGUGA